GGUACUCUUGCGAUUAAUGGCAUCCGAUCCGACCACCGGUUGAUUCUCAGCCAAUCCUUCCUACGUACGUACGUGUUUAUCAGUACGCGCGUGUGUAUAUUGCAGCGGAUACUAGCUAGCUAGCUAAUUACGUACUAGCUAGCUAGAAAAAAUGGCGCGCCCCGCUGCAACAAGAUGCACUAUUGGCAGUGCCUUGGCCGUCACGCUGCUAGCUUGGCUACUUGUCCUCCAGCUUCUCCUCCUGGCGCCGGCGCCGGCGGCCGCGAGGAGGGCGACGACCGUCAACCAGGCGCCCAACUCUCUGUCCACAAAGCCGCCUAGGUCGAGCACCAACGCCCUGGUCAAAAGGGCGCGCCGUCGGAACCGUAACACGGACCAGCUGGGCAGCGCGGCGGCGGACGACGCCGGCUACAUUGUCCUCUACAACGUCUCCAUCGGGGCCACGCAGAACGACGUCUCCGGCGUCGUCGACCUCCUCAACGAUUUCGUCUGGACAACGCAGUGCGUGGCCGCGCCGGUCAGGGUCCCGUGCGCCAGCCAGACGUGCCGGAGCCUCCUGGCCAAUGACACCACCGACGCCUGCGGCGGCAACCCUCCCAACGGCGACGAUAGCUGCAGGUACGUCUACGUGUACGGUCCGGGGAUCAACACCACCGGCUUCGUCGCCAACGAGUCGGUCGCCGUGGCCGUGGGGGACAUCGCGGGCAGCGCGGUGUUGGGGUGCAGCGCCGCCAACAGCACGGUGCCCCUCGAAGGCGAGCCGGGCAGCUUCGGCUUCAACAGGGGCCCACUAUCCUUCGUGUCGCAGCUCAGCGUCAACAAGUUCUCCUACUACCUGGCCGCCGACGAGGCCGGCAGCUCUGACUCCGAGAGCGUCGUGCUCCUCGGCGACGCCGCCGUGCCGCAGACCAACCGCGGCGGCCGCUCGACGCCGCUGCUUAGGGGCACCGCGUUCCCCGACGUUUACUACGUCAACCUCACCUCCAUUCAGGUUGACGGCCAGGCCCUGAGCGGCAUCCCCGCUGGGGCGUUCGACCUUGCCGCCGACGGCAGCUCCGGUGGCGUGGUCAUGAGCACGCUCACCUCCGUCACCCGCCUCCAAGAGGACGCCUACAAGGCCGUGAGGCAGGCGGUAGCCAGCAAGAUCACGGCGCAGGAGGUGAGCGGCUCAGCGUUCGCCGGCGGCAUCUUCGACCUGUGCUACAACGCGCAGGCCGUGGCGGCGCUGACCUUCCCCAAGCUAACGCUGGUGUUCGACGGCGGGGAAGCACCUGCCACGCUGGAGCUCACGACGGUGCACUACUUCUUCAAGGACGACGUCACCGGGCUGCAGUGCCUCACCAUGCUGCCGACGCCCGUGGGCACGCCGUUCGGCUCUGUUCUGGGAACAAUGGUGCAGGCGGGCACCAACAUGAUCUACGACGUCGGCGGCGAGACCCUGACGCUCGAGGAGGGCGCAGCGGCUCCGGCCCCCUCACAGGUGGUGUCGCUCAUGGCCAUAGCCUCUCUGCUCCUUGCUUGGGUGCUACUCUUCUAGCUAGAUGAUCAUCUCGAUCGUGUGCAGUGUUUCAUCUUCUUGCAUGGUUUUGCCAAACGAAAUAUUUCAGCAUUGUGGUGUAUUCAAUAUGUCAUGUAGCCGUAUCUUUAAUUAAGAUGCUUGUACCCAGAUUAAAUAUGAAUAAAUUAUUUAUAAUCCC